UCUUUCCCAGUUGCCAUGGGAACGUAGAACCUGCUAUUUGAUGAAAUCUGGUUUUCCGAGGUGCAACAGAGCGAACCGAGCAGGUGAGAGGCACCUGGGAUCCUCCAGCCUUGCCCCGAUGCAGCAAAUGCCCAAGAACCAUCUCCUGACCAGGGAAGAGAAGCUGCAGGUGAUGCGAAAUCUCUUGAAGCAAGCCCCACCUGAAGAGUUCAACGAGGUUUUCAAUGACCUCCGCUUGCUGGUGGGUGACGAUAGCCUGAUGUCCCAGGAAGCUGCCUGCCUCUGGGCCCUGCACAACAAGGUCUACUUCACCCCCGUCAGGCAGAAGGAGUGUGAGGUGCUGCUGACCCGCCACAACGAGCUCGAGGAAAGUCGCUUCCUUGACCCCCAGAAACAAGUCUCUUUCAAAUUUGACCAUCUGAGAAAGCAAGCAAGUGACUUCCAAGCUCAUGCCCAAGAGGAUAAAAAAGGUGAAAUGUGGAGAAGGGCCCUUUAUGAGGCUCUAAACGUAUAUGUCAGCAGCCACUAUGCUGAAGGACUUUGCAGUGUCUUCAUCAAAGACACGGCUGUCCGGAAAAUCCUUGUGGCCUGCAUUGAGGGUCACCUGAACAGACCCUCUGCUUUCUGGAAUGGCCUUUGGAAAUCCGAAUGGACUGUCGGCCUGACUCCCACUUCCAUGUCCGCCCAGGUGACUGGGACCAUCGAUGUCCAUGCUCACUACUUUGAAGAUGGCAAUAUCCAUUUGACAGUGUGCAAGGAAGUAAUUGGGACUCUGCCUGUCACCAGUGAAGCUCAGACAGCCCAGGACUUUGUGCAGCUGGUAGAAAAAGCAGACAACCAGCUCCAGGCUGGGCUGGCAGAAGAAUACCAAAAGAUGAAUGAUUCCCACCUGAAGGCUUUCCGGAGACAGCUGCCCAUCACCCACAGCACUAUCGACUGGGAGAAAAUGGUAACAGCGAGGAUUGUGGAGGCUCCUGCUGUUCAUUGAAAGAUUACUGCUUGCAGUGUCUGAAUAAAAUGAUUCAUAGAUUCAUAGAGUGUAGAGUCGGAAGGGACCACAAAGGAUCAUCGUGUCCGACCCCCUGCCCCUGGCAGGAAAGAGGACCGAGGUCAGAUGACCCCAGCCAGGUGACUAUCUAGCCUCUUCCUGAAGACCUCCAAGCUAGGUGAUAGCACCAUCUCUCUUGGGAGCCCAUUCCAGAUCCUGGCCACCCUUACUGUGAAAAAUUUCUUCCUAACAUCUAACCUAAAUCCACUCUCAACUAGUUUACACCCAUUAUUCCUAGUCACUCCCUGGGGCGCCUUAGUAAACAUCGCGUCCCCUAUUCCCCGUUGACCUCCCCUAAUAAAUUUACAGGCGGCCACAAGAUCUUCCCUCAGCCGUCUCUUGUGAAGGGUGAAGAGAUUCAGCUCUCUCAACCUCCCCCUGUAGGGUCUAUCACGAAGGCCACUAAUCAUGCGAGUGGCCCCCCUCUGGACCCUCUCGAGAUCCCUCUUGAAGUGCGGCGCCCAAAACUGGACACAGUACUCCAACUGCGGCCUGACCAGUGCCGCAUAGAGGGGGAGCAUCACCUCCUUUGAUUCAUGAUAACAUGGCUAGAGAUGGGAGCAAGGUCUAAAUACUCUUAAAAACCAAUAAAGAAAAGUGGGAUGAUGAGAAAGUCCAAAAAAAGAUGGAGGAUAGGAAGAGUUUUAUGGAGUCACAAGAGGAAGUGCACUUGGGAGACACAAGUUUAGGAGUUUCCAUUGACCAACGCUGAGUGCACUAGAAAGGCUCAUAUAGGGCACCCUGCUACUUAGGCCUGAACCCAGGCUCGUAUCUAGCUAUAACGUGCCAAUCAUUUCCUGUGCUUGUCCCCCAGAGCCCUUUUAGGAAUCAAUAUGUCUACUUCUUGUCUCUCCUUUUGUGCUUUGUAUAUAUGGAGGAAUAAGGUAAAGCAGAUGGAGAGGGGCAGCUUGUGUUGGUGGAGGUGGUUGAGGGUAACCCUUAGAGACAUCCUAAAUACAAGUGUGUCAUGAGGAGUGGAACAUAUAUACAUUCGUGUGUGUGUGUAUGUGUGUGUGUAAGUAAGUGUGUGUGUGUAAUGUGUGUGUAUGUCAUGCACACACAUGAAUAACAAGUCAGACCUGUGUUUUGGUUUGUUAACAAAGUUGGAGGGAAUUCGACAAAGAGCAUAUCAGAAAGAGAGUACUGGUGUUUUCUAGUAGAGAAAGCACUGGGCUAGGACCCCAGCAAACUGUUUUCUACUCUGGUCCUGCCACUGGCCUGCUGGGUGACCUUGAACAAUUCCCCCCCACCCCCCAUCUCUGUUUUCCUAUCUGUAAAAUGGGGAUAAUGAUCCUGACCUGCCUAGUAAAUAUAGGCUCUGGUGCCCAGAUCUCUAACUUUUCUUUGAUAAUUCAGUCUAAGAGACUGAAUAAUGCAUGGCUUGGUUAAAUAGCAUCUACUAGCAGCAGGAGUUAGGUGAAGAGAGCUGAUUUUCUUCAAGAAUUUUAACAUUCUUAACACCAGAAAGGGAGAGUGCUUUAACUAGAAGAAAUGAUUUGUAACUGAGCCAAAGCAAAAAUAGCUUGAGUCUCAGGCAGAUCUUCCCGAGGUGUGUUUGCCUGUGGAACAGACUCCCCAGGGGAGCGGCACAAUCCCCUGAAGCGCAGGUUGCAGAUGUGCUGUGGGCAUGCAGCAGGCUGGCUGUAUUCUGCGCUGCAGUCCGGACUUGUGAUUGCAGCUCAUGGAAAUAUUUAGCUGAAGCACUGAUAAUAGCACAGCCAUGGCAGCAAAGCUUUGUUUCAGGCUCCAAAGCCUACCCAAAUAAAUACCUGGGUUGUUCGCCCAUGCUGGGCACUCUGCUACACUGCUAGUAGCAUCUGAGCUAGAUAGCUGACUGCUGUCUUGGAGAAGUCUACAUGUGCUACAGUCACCCCUCUGGAUUGCUGCGUGGUCCCUAUAAGUCAGCACCAAAUAUAAGACUCGGCUGCUGCCCAAAGAGAUGAGUUUCCUCACUCUAGGAAUGAAGCAUGUUUUUUAUCCUCUUCUGCAGCACUAUGUUGCAUCCAUUUACCAGGUUCAGCACAUGUGGCAGGUGCCUUCCACUGUAUCCCUGUGUUUCACUGUGCUUCUUCCUGGCACUAUCAGAGGCAGGGUCAACACGCCCCUUGCCUUUGCCAUGCUGCCAGGUGGCACUGGCGGCUGCGGCGUGCUUUAAUCUCUUGGGUUGGCGGCCAGCCCAGAGCCACUGAGGAGCAUGUGGCGGGUGACGUGGGAGGGAUAUAAUGGAACAGAUCAAGAUUAAAAAAAAGAGUGAGUUGGCACGAGCUCAGCUGAGGAAUCAGGAGAAGGCCUUUGGCCAGAAGCUGCCAUAUGUGGGACCCACAGAGACCAAAUGCAUGAAAGACAAAUGUGUGGAGGUGGAAAGGGCUUUAGAGGGGUCCUGCAUUUCGAACCUAACCGCCCCUGAAGGCUGAGAAGAGGAGUCCGCCAGGGAGGGUCUGGGCUUUGCAGCUCUGUUAGCACCCUUUGCUGGUCUUCCCAGAGUAGUAGCAGUAGCAGUUUCAUUUCUGUCAUGAAACAGCACAAUCCUUAUCUUAGAGAUGUGGAACCAGUAAGUAAAGCACUGGAGGAACAAUUUGCAGGGCAUGGAAUAUAUACAAAAACCAGCUCCCGAGAUUCAAUGCACACUCACACAAGGUAUGCUUGGAAGUGCCUGGAAGGGACAACUGCUGCAGAUGUAAACACCCCAGCACAUGAGGAAAUGUGGAUGAGGAUGAGGAUGUUCAACCCUCCUGCGGUCCAGUGCAUGUUGCAGUCCUCACACCAUUCUCUGCUUUACGGUGAAGAGUCUGUGCAGAUGCAGAGAGGAACACCCUUCUGCCAUUAAACCCCAUCUACAUGAGCAAAGUUACCCAUUACUAAACAGCGGUGAAUCCCCCUGAGCUGGGGUUGAGAAAGGCUUUAGGUGCUAGAGCAAGUGAAACCAACUCUCCCCUGAUCUGGCUGUAAUGGUGCUGAAAGGGGUUUCGACCUGACCACACAGGCAGUUCGCUGAACUGCUCCAGCACCGGUUUGAAGAGACACCCCGGUUCCCUUUCCAGCAUAAUCCUGCAGUCAGCAAACAUCAUUUCAUUUCCAUGUUUUCAACAGAUGCUUUUGACUCUUUUAUUUGGUCCCUAGGAAACACACUCAGUUUUAAAACAGUAACUGAAAAAAAUCCACAUCAAGUUACUACAGGAAACACUGGUCUAUGGUCUAUGGGGGCUCGCGGUGAUGACAGUCCUUCCUCCAGGGUGGCUUUUCGGGAGGAGAAAGGAGAGACUGCCAGAUGAGACUAGACAGAGAUGGAAAGCCAGAGAGGGAAAAGAAGGAAAACCAAAAAGGGAAAAAACCAGCUAAGAAUAGAAGUGGGGAGAGCGUGCCAGACCGUGGGGCACGGCAGCUGUCAUUUGGGAUGUUAUUAAGGACAUUCAUUGUGCAACACACACGUCCGGAUCCCUGUCUGACUGGCAUCAGUACACUUUUUUUUUCACUCUCUUUGGAAAAGGGGCCUUAAUUAGGCAUGAAGAGAUUUAUCAAGCAGCGGCCUUCUGGAGCAGGCUGGUCCCAGCGACAUCUGGCGUGAUGGCUUCCAGCACAGAUCCAAACAGCAGCCGCAAGAAAUUAUGAAGACCAACGGCUUCUCCAAUGCUCCCACCUCUUUUCUGUCUCCAUUCAGCUGAGAUAUCCAACCAGCGCUCACCCAGCGUUAGCCGUGAUACUGAGGGGAGAGCAAACCCCCAAAUACCCAUCUAUCCUCUAACAAACAGCCAACCUGUUUCAGUGCCUUGUUUGGUCUCAGCAGCUGCAAUGUGUUGUGCUGGCUUCCCUGACCAUUUGAUUAAAGCAAGGAUGAUAAAGCUGGUUUCCAGUGGGGUUUUCAACUCAUUGGCGAUGGCUAUCCUCCCAGUGCUUCAGAUGCCAUGUGCCUAGAGGUAGCACUAAACUGAGUACUGUUUCCUGGGACUGGGCUAUAGGACUUGACCCAGAGCCCACUAAAGCCUGCAGGCUUUUGUGCACACAGAUAAAACUGGCAGGUCCUAACGAUGAUUUUUCUGCUCCUGAUUAUAUCAUAAUGGAGAAUCAUUGCUUUAAACCACCGGUACUGAUCACACUGAACUGAAACAAGUUUUGCCAUUGAUUUAAACGAGCAGAGACUUUCACUCUUGGCUUAGUAUAUUUUCUUGCAGUGCUGGGGAACCGGGAUCAAUUCCAGGAACAGACAUGGUGCUGAGAGUUUCAGCCUGCUGCCGUGUUGCUUUGCAUACAUCUGGCAUGUCCUUUGAUUCAACAGAGAAGAAGGCCCAGGAAUAUGUGACAUGUGAGCCAAGAAAACAAACCCAUUGUUUUCUUUAAAGCCACCAAUUAUGCAUUGCCCCUGGAGAGAUCUCUGCAAUCUCUACAAGCCACAUGGGGAGCUCAUUGGUAUUUUAAACUACCCCCCAGGAAGACUUCUAAGUAAUAUCCAUGCCUCUCUAAGUAGCAAAACAGCUUCCUUACAAAGCCCCCGCCCCCCCAACAAAGGCAUAAUGUGCAGUUUCUGAGCUUUGGGUGGUGGCAGAGGCGGUGGCCACGUCUCUUCCACUGCCUCAAAUCAGUGAUGGGGCUCGGUGGUCCACUCUCCCCACAAGUAGUUACAGCACUGCUCUCCACUUCCCCACGCCAGGGAAAUGGCCGGCGCUCCUCCUCGAGACAGCCGCCGGGCU